AUAUAAGGCGCUGCGCAGACCUGUCUCAUUUGUGAAGCGUCUGUUAUCCCAGCAAGUAGAACUCUCUCGCCCUCUUUCUGCAUCAUAAUGCAUUCUCAGGUGGCAGUACUGCUAGUGUGCCUGGCUGGUCUGAGCGCUGGCCUGCCCUCACGCCUCGGCGACCAAUCGUCUGUGCCGGCCACUGCCUUGGAUCCCGACCAACUCAGAGAAACCGUCACCGUUAUUGAAAAGUUCAUCCCGCCGCUCUUCCAGGCAAUUAAUGAUGACAACGGAGACGCUACCGACCGCCUCAACAAAGUCGUGGAGUCCUCGCUGCUGCUGAGCCGAGAGGCCCUCAAGCUGAGGAAGCCGACCGCGAGUAACCAAGAAAUCCUGGAGGAAGUGGAGGCGGCGCGGGAGACCAUGCCGCUCAUCAUGGACAUUGUGAGGGCCUCCAUCAACUCCUUCAAGAGGGACUCCUCCUUCGAUGGUUUAUUCGAUAUCCCUGACAUCAAAAUUAAGACCCAAAAGUAAGAUGUACACACACACACACACACACACACACACACACACACACACACACACACACACACACACACACACACACACACACACGUUCUUUGAUUGGUCUAAAUGCACAAGCACUUAGAAUAAAAACUACGCCUGCUCUUCGAAGACGCUGGAGCUGAUGUACCUGCCAAAGCUACUACCAUUUGUUCUAAAAUCAUGUCUUCCAAAAGUAAACUAUCGAAUGUCAUUA